AUGACCGACGACACGCCGCCCAACGCCGCACACGACGCGCCGCACGCCAUGGUCAUCGACAACAACUCGGAGCGCGACGACGCGCACGACCAGCCCAGCAGCCCAGCCCGCAGCAGCAAGAGCGGCUGGGACGGCAAGCUGCGCGUCACCAAACCCUCGAAGCCCUCUCCCGUCGUCGUCAACCCCAACGUCUUCAGCGACCCGGAGCUCUCCGACGACGACGCCCCGCCGCCGGACACGAUCGAGGCGGAUGAAGACCUGCUGGAGGACUACGAGGAGGACGUCGACCAGAUCGACCUGAUCCACUGCCGCAUCACGUCGAUAGCGGCGCUGCGGCUGGAGCGCUUCCCGCGCGUGGAGCGCCUGUCGCUGCGCCAGAACCAGAUCUCGGCGAUCGACCAGUUCCCCGAGCAGCUGGGCCGGACGGUGACGGAGCUGGACCUGUACGACAAUCUGAUUGCGCACAUCAAGGGCUUGGAGGCGUUUGUGGAGGUGGAGAAUCUGGACCUGAGCUUCAACAAGAUCAAGCAUAUCAAGAGGGUGAAUCACAUGAAGAAGCUGAAGGAUCUGUACUUUGUGCAGAAUAAGAUUUCGGCGAUUGAGAAUCUGGAGGGGCUGGCGCAGUUGAGGAAUCUGGAGCUCGGGGCGAACAGGAUAAGGACCAUUGAGAACCUGGAGACGCUCACGAGCCUUGAGGAGCUGUGGCUGGGCAAGAACAAGAUCACUGAGAUCAAGGGUCUCGACACGCUAUCGAACCUCAAGAUCCUCUCGAUCCAAUCCAACCGCCUCACCUCCAUCACCGGGCUCGAGCAGCUCGCCAACCUCGAGGAGCUGCACAUCUCGCACAACGCCCUCACGUCGACGGAGGGCGUCGAGAACAACAAGAACCUGCGCAUCAUCGACAUCACCGGCAACCCGAUCGAGCACCUGACGAACCUGGCCGGGCUGACGCUGCUCGAGGAGUUCUGGGCCAGCUACUGCCAGCUCGCCGACUUCGCCGAGAUCGAGCGCGAGCUGCGCGACAAGGAGAACCUGGAGACGGUCUACUUUGAGGGCAACCCGCUGCAGACGAGGCAGCCGGCCCUGUACCGGAACAAGGUGCGCUUGGCCCUGCCGCAGGUCAAGCAGAUCGACGCGAGUAAGUACUCCGAUGUCUUCUGGAGGAGGGAGGCGACCGGGACGAGGAGUUUGGCGUUCAUGUGA